AUGGGAUGGGAAAAGCAGCCUCCACCGCCGCCGCCGCUGCCGCCGUGGAGCCCCAAAGCCAUCAUCCCUGAAAAAGCUAUGGGUAUGACGCCGGAACAAAUGGAGAUGCUGCAGAAACAAAUUGCAGCAUUCAUCACUAUUUGUGAACAGCUUGAAGAUUUGCAUAAAUCCCUCUGUUCCUCUUCCCAAAACCACCACACAAAUGCUGAUCCCAGUACAGAUAAUAUGUUAAGAAACCUUGGAAUCCCUUACUAUACUCAGAUGCUGAGUUCUUCGAAUCAUCAGAAUCAUCCCUACAAUUACGGCGGCCAGCCUAAGAUCCCCCGGCGUCGGCGGUGGAAUCCGACGCCGGGGCACCUUCGGAUUCUCGAACAGGUGUUUGAUCAGGGGAACGAAUCUCCGUCAAAGGAGAGAAUCAAAAGCUUGACGGAUGAAUUAGCGGAUCACGGUGAGAUUACCGAGAGCAACGUUUACAAUUGGUUCCAGAACCGGCGGGCUAGGUUUCGGAGGAGGCAAUCGAUGAGUACGAUUUCCGAAUCGGAUGGGGAGACGUCAUCAAAGUCCGUCGACGGAGAAAUCCCGAAUGCUUCAGAUCAACUCAACGGCGAUCCGAGUUACUCUAAGGAGGACAGUUUGACGGCCGGUAGUGGUGACGGUGGCGGCGCCGGCGGCAGGGGAGAUGAGAGUUUUGGAGAUAUGGCGGGAAGAACGUUGUCGUCAAAAUCUAAAUCGGGUUAUAUGCCAGAACCCGUCAUUGAGUCAAAGUCAAAGACUUCCAAAAGUAUGGAGUAAAUAUAAAAGCAUUUUCAAUUAGAAAAAAUGCUUCAAUUUUGGAUCUCAGAAAAUCGUUUCUCUUAUUGCUUUGAUCAAUCUCUAGUCUUUUCAACAUGAAAAGAAUUUCAAUUUCGGAACUCAAACACCAUAGUUUAUCAGUUUUCCCUUUUUAUUGUAUUG